UCAUAAAUAAUCACGCCGCCGUCCCCAGCCAAUGAACUGACAGACAACACCCGUCUGAGCUCCAUUUAGGCGUUUAUACGAGAGCGAUGGCUAUAAAACACACCAGGCUGUAGUUAAAUGGUAAGAAAUGCGUUUUUAAAGCCUGAAAAGCAGCGAUUUCCAAAAGGAGCGCCUUGCUAGAAGAGGGAUGCUCCCUGCGGUUUAGAUGCGUAAGAUGAGCAGCGCCGGUAAGAAGGAGAGGGAGCAGAAGAGGAAGCUGCAGCACUUUCUGAACGACUUGGCUCUGCUUGGAUCGCUACAGGGAUUUAAAUACUUCCAGCCCUGGCUGAGAGGAAAAGAGGAGCUGCUGCUGACUGUCGUCAAUGAGGAUCUGGGCUGGCGCUCCCCGGGCUUUCUGGUUUCCAGAGCGUCCUCGUACUCCUCCUCCUCCUCCUCCAGCAGCAGCAGCAGCGAUGGGUCCCCCAGCAGCAGCUCUCCCAGUCUGGACAGCAGGAGCAGCUCUCCUCUGCCCGGGGAGCCUCACGGCCCGCGAGACGUCCAGACCAUCAACACUCAUUCCAGGACGCUGACACACACAGACAGGGAGCCCGGCGGUGAGGAGCAUCUUCUCCCAGCGUCUCCCAGCGAAGGAGAGAUAGCAGUACCAGAGGUCAACUGCACUCUGUUUCUACUGGCCGGUUACGUCAAGUACGGACGGCCGUACGCCUGGAUCCGCUCCAACCACGAGCGCCUGGUCAACAUCGGCGGCAUGGACUCCAUGGUCAGGGACACGCCCAUGAAGCUGAAGUCCAUCACAGACUGGCAGACGCGAGGUAUUCGUGUGUGGGAUGUUGUGAGUGAGCUGGUGUGCCUGUGCACCGUACCCUCGCCCUCCAACCCCUUCGCCCUGGACAUGCGCUACAUCCAAAGCCUUCCCCUGCAGGACCGCUUCCUAGUCACAGGAGCUCUCCUCAGCUUCCUGGAGAUGUAUCUGGUUUACGGGAAUCGGGACGAGCUGCACUAUGACAAAGUGGUAGAGGAAGUGAAACCCCUGAGGCGUCUACAUUUCCAGUCCCUGCUGGAGCUACAGCGACUCAAGAGCGCCUCAGUGCAGCACUCUUCAAGAUGAAAUCCCUUCAGUGCACCAAACGGGUUUUAUUGUGUAGUAUUUUUCCUCUUUUUUUAAAAAAAGGGAUUUGAUUUUAUAACCAGUAUGUUAUAGUUUUAAGUUAUCACUACCAAGAUUUUGAAAAUAUGCCAUUUCUAACCUAAGAUUUCCCAUCAUACAGUUUGAAAGAUGGCUAGGAAGUGCAGGAAGGACGAGUUAACCACGUUGUACCACAGCACAACUCCUCCCAGGUGUGCUGCUGCGCAUUGACUUUGAGCUGGCUGAAAGAGGACUGCACUUUUCCGUACUUACAGUUAAGGGAAGUAUUUCUCAUCAUGAAAAGCAGGCAGUCAUGGCAGCUCACCCUUAUUGAGAUAACACCGGUUUAAAACUACAGUUGACUAGCUUUGAGCAGACUGUCUGCAGGCUAGCUAUCCAAGCAGAUAGCCUGACUAACCAGCUGAUGUCAGAGCUAUGUUUAUGUUAACGUCUGAGCGGAAUAACAUUUUAUAAAAUUAGCAACUGCAAACCAGCUUCAUUCAGUGAGUCUGUAUAUUCACGUUUGUUUAAAUAAAUGACAGCCACAUUAAUGAAAA